CGCGCUAAGUGCACACGCGUCGCGGUAGAGCGACAGAUUUGUAAAAUUUUCAAGGGAAACCUAUGUGUUUUUCGUGAAAAUAUCAAAUUUAUUUCCUUUAUCAUUUAACCAAGUGUUAAUAUUAAUUAUUAAUUAUAAUAUUAUUGAUGUAUCAGUUGUGAAAGCACGUUACGAAUUGGUCGGAGUCAGACCUUCAAGAUGGCAGGUUUACAAUGAACUAUGGUGAAAAUUUCUUUUCUUUCAUAAAAUCAGUGUUUUGUUUGUGUAUUAAAUGGUGUUUAAGGUGUGAAACAGUGUUUUAAAAGCAAAACUGGAUUCAAAGAAGAGAUGAGACAGUGUGAAGCGCAGGCGUGCCUGGGGGGCUAGUAGACAUGGAGGGGGGCUGGCUGGUACUGGCCGCCGUACUCAUCGCGGCACGCGCGCAAAACAACAGGAUAUCGGUUACAGAUGACGGCCCGCGGUUCCUCUCGCGCGGCCACUCGUACAGGGCAGUGGUCGGGGACACGCUGCUGCUGCCGUGUCAAGUCCAGAAUUUGGGAUCGCUGGUUCUCCUCUGGAGGCGGGGGCCGGCUGUGCUAACAGCGGCAAGCCUAAUGGUCACCAGGGACGAGAGGUUCCGGCUGGUCGACGGGUACAACUUGCAAAUCACGGAUGUCGGUCCACAGGAUGCAGGAGACUACGUCUGCCAGAUCUCGGACCGUAUAUCCCGUGAUCAGGUCCAUACGGUGGAGGUGCUGGUGCCUCCGAGCGUGCGAGCCUCCCCAGAGUCCAAGCAUGCGGCCGCGAGGCGCGGCGGAGCGGCUGUGCUCGAGUGCAGAGCAUCUGGGAACCCUGUCCCCACCGUCACGUGGCAUAAACUGAAGCUACCGGUGCCAACCAAUUGGCCAGAACUGAAUGAUACAAACACACGGCUGGGCGAAGGGCCUCAGCUGCAGCUGUCCCGACUGGAGCGCCACCAUAGCGGACGGUACGCGUGCACCGUCGACAAUGGCGUCGGACCCCCAAUAGUCACAGAGUUCCAACUGCAAGUACUAUAUCCACCAGAAAUAACUGUGGAACGGUCGUGGGUGCAUACUGGGGAAGGGUUCAGAGCUGAGCUACUAUGUACAGUGCACGCCGACCCUCCUGCUGAGGUGGGAUGGUACCAGAACUCGUUCCCACUGAGCGCUUCAGAGCGCAUCACGAUGUCAGCGCGUGGUAACAACCAUACGUUGCUGAUAGCGAACGUGCAACCAGAAGAUUUCGGUAACUACAGCUGCGUGGCGGACAACAGCCUGGGCCGCGCGCGGCAGCACGUGGAGGUGUCGGGGCGGCCGGGGCCGGCCGUGUUCACGUCGCCGCCGCUGGCGCGCCGCGCCGCCUCCUACCUGCUCGCGUUCGCCGUCGACUCGUACCCGCCGCUCGACGAGCUGCGCCUGCUCUACCGGCAGCUGGCGAUCAACGAGUCGUUCCAGCAGCCGGGCCGGUGGCACGACGUGGUGAUCCCGGCGCCGGAGCCCGCCGGCUCGCUCACGCACCGCGUCACGCACGAGCUGCGCGGGCUGCAGCCCGGCGCCGUCUACGAGGCCAUCGUGCAGGCCAAGAACCGAUACGGUUGGAACGAGGUCAGCGACAUCUUCCAAUUUCACACGCUAGGCGGCGCUCACACGGCCCACGCUGACGAAUUAACACCAAUGUUCGCCGCCGCGUCCAAAAACCAACUGGCCUACUGCGUCAUUCUAACCGCCUUAUAUAUUAUGAACGCGCUCGCCUGAUUAGAUGGCCAUCACUUCGAAGUUUAAACGUAAUUCCGGAAUUUCGACGUUACACUUUCGGAUUUUUUAACUGCUUUUUAUCGUAAAACGAAAUGGACUUGACACCAAACUUAGGUGACUUUAUGUGUUGUGACAGACAUACAGACGACCUAUUAUUUAAUAGUAUCGCUUAUAAUUGCAAUAUUUAACUGACAAUGAGCGACAGUUAAAUAAAUAUAUUUUUCAUUUUUAGCUACUUUUCCGACAAUUUCAAAUUGUCAAAAAACAUUGCGUAAGUUAUAUUAUUUCGCGCCUUUUAUUUGUUAAUGUCGUAUAUACAGAAUGCCACAGAUACUUUUCUUAAUCUAUGGUUGGAGUGUACCUGCUUUAAACUGUAUAACAGAAUGCAAUAUGGCGGCCUAUAAAAACUUGCAAAUAUUAAUAAGAAAUUUAACAGCAGUUUUCUAGCCAAUGUUAUUAUGAUGAAAAAAGAGACCAUUGUAACGUAUUUAACGUUAUAAACGCGCCAAAAAUGUUGUCUAGACGUGACGUCAAUUACUAUUAUUCUUGCACAAAUAAAUCAUUCCCUCCAUAUCCAACAUUGGCGCCAAUUUUGAGAGGCCAUUUUCUGCCUAUCUCUAAAAUCAAAAAUACAAUUUGAUAUCACAGCGAAAUUUUGUAAAGACCAAUAUAAACUUAUUUUUUAGUAUAUUUAUGUCAAAAUUAGUGUAAUUUUAGUUUAUGGCGGCCCAUGAAACAUAAAUUUUACGAAAUCAUUAAUUUAAAAUAUAAACUUAAAAGGUUAGAGAAAUGGUAGUUUAGAAUCCACGUCAAUGCUGUGAAAUGUCUCUGUGUGCUGUCUGUAUUUGGAAGAUUUCUAUCAGUUAUUUUCUGAGUGUUUUUUUUUACCUUUUUUU